CAACCGCUAUAUCCGUGAGACCGACCGUUAAUAGCAGGUUUCCUACCUGUUCGUGCGUCUGUCGUUGAGAGAAAUCUAUAUUAUAGGAAACAAUUUAAUUCAAACAGCAACAUACAAAAAUAAUUUGAGAUUUUAACAGUUAACAACGAAUCCAAGGGCUUGAACAAAAUAACUGGAUGUAAACAGAUUUUAUUGACGGUUUUGUUUGAGUUAAUUGUGUUUGCGUACUGAACUAUCUCACACUUCCCAGUCACAUAGAUUGGGUUGGGGCAACUCAUCUGUGCUCUUAUGUGGAAUAAAACCAAAGCGCUUUUACCCUUUCGCACAGGAUAUUGAAUACACAAGCUAUGACUUGUGUAGUGCUGAGGACUGGAUUUGUUGCCUUGUUGGUUCAGACGGUCUGUUUCAGAUGCGGUGCGGAGGAGCAGCGGUGCUUGACGGGACCCCUCAGAUGUGGUGCAGAGGAGCAGCGGUGCUUGACGGGACCCCUUUCCCAGGACUACACCUUCAGAGUGGCCCAGAGGAGUCUUCAGAAGGACCAGGUGUUGGGGAAAGUUCAGGUGUCUGGCUGUGAGCAGGGUGCAGCGCUGCGUCUGAACUCGACUGACGGGAGGCUGGUUGUGGACGGAGACGGAACACUGAGGGUCAGGAACACCCUGAGACUUCCUGCCCGACGCCACUCCCUCUCACUCUUCACUUCCGGGUCAGGGGUCGACAGGCGCUCCGUGCAGAUAUCGCUGCAGUAUGACCCCCUCAGCCGCCCACACACACAGACGGAUGAGUCUCCUCCUCCAGUGGUUCUGCAGUUCCCUCACUCCUCCUCGGGCCUGCACAGGAGGAAACGAGACUGGGUCAUCUGGGGCCCUCACUCCUCCUCGGGCCUGCACAGGAGGAAACGAGACUGGGUCCCUCACUCCUCCUCGGGCCUAACCCUGCACAGGAGGAAACGAGACUGGGUCCCUCACUCGUCCUCGGGCCUGCACAGGAGGAAACGAGACUGGGUCAUCCCCACCAUCCGCAUCACAGAGAACUACAGAGGGGAAUACCCUUACAGCAUAGUGCAGAUUAAGUCUAACAAAGAGAAUGGGAGUAAUAUUGUGUACAGCCUGACUGGUCCAGGGGUGGACCAGGACCCGAUGGGCAUCUUUAGAAUCAUUCCUUCAACUGGCUGGAUUCAGGCCACGCAGAGUCUGGACAGGGAAGCUGGACCUGAAUACAGACUCAUGGCCGGGGCAGGAGUUGUGAAUUCUCCAGAUCCUGCAGAAAAUCCUAUAGAAAUCAUCAUCCGCGUCAUCGACCAGAACGACAACAAACCUCAGUUCAAUCAGAGCGCGUACGAGGCCAAGGUGCCUGAGGCAGCGGCGGGCGGGCUUGAGUUCCUGCGGUUGACCGCCACAGACGCAGACGAGCCAAACACUGACAACUCUGACAUCAGAUACAAAAUCGUCAGUCAGGAGCCACCUGAGCAGGGCUUGUUCUUCAUCAACACCAUCACCGGAGGACUCCAGGUUGUCACCGGCGGAAAACUGGACCGAGAGACCGUAAAGGAGUACAAGCUCAGCAUCCUUGCAGCAGACGGCCGAGGCGAGGGCCUGGUGGCCUCCUGCACGGUCCGAGUGACGGUUACAGACAGCAAUGACAACGCUCCCCAGUUUCUAAAGACCACAUACAUUGCCAGAGUCCCAGAGAACACUGUUGAUGCGGAGGUGCUGAGAGUGGAGGUCACAGAUGCUGACGAGGUUCACACACCCAACUGGGUCACCAAAUACUCCAUUCUCCAUGGCAACGACGCAGGCUUCUUCAGCAUCAGCACCAGUGCCAGGAAAGAUGAAGGCAUCAUCAGAACAGUCAAGGGUCUGGACUUUGAGCACGGCCGCAGGCGUACUCUGAUCAUCGCCGUGAAGAACGAGGUGCCUUUUGAGGCUCCCCUGGCCACGUCCACAGCUACUGUGAUCAUCGACGUUGAGGACCUGAAUGAGGCGCCCAUAUUUGAGCCUGAGCAGAAACUUGUGGUGAAGCCUGAGGACCUGCCUGUGGGCAGUGAAAUAGCCUUCUACACGGCGGUGGACCCAGACGUCGAGAUGAUGCAAAAUAUUUCGUAUCGAGUGGGACUGGAUGAGGGCGGCUGGCUGGCCAUGAACCCCGUCAGUGGUCUCAUUACUGUGAAGAGUCCCAUGGACAGAGAGUCAACGUUUAUGAUCAACAGGAAAUACAAAGCCAUCGUUUACGCCAUCGACCAAGCAGACAGUAAUCACAUCCCCGCGACUGGAACGGGCACCUUGCUGAUUCAGCUGGAGGAUGUGAACGACAAUGCCCCCACCAUCCACCAGAGGGAGUUUGUCAUGUGCAACCACAACUCCACACCAGCCCUGCUCAGCGUAUCCGACCCGGACGGACCCGGCUUUGCCAACCCCUUCAGGGUGGAGCUCAACGCCAGCCUCCGGAACCAGUGGCACACCAAGAUGGACGCUAACAAGACUGGAAUCCUGCUCACCAUGACGACCACACUGAGCCAAGGCUUCUAUGACAUCAUCCUGACGGUCUACGACAACGAGGGCCUUGGGCAGGUGAACACACUCCGAGUACAGGUGUGUGACUGCACAGGAAGUGACAACAUCUGCAGUGAAAUCCGGGCCGCAGGGUUUGCCUUGUCAGGGAUCCUGGGCAUUCUGGGCGGCAUCUUCCUCCUACUACUGGUACUGCUGCUGGUUCUGCUUCUGGUGAGGAGGAGGAUGGUGACGAAGAAGAAGGAAGUGCUGAUACAGGAGGACGGCGUGAGGGACAAUCUCAUCUACUACGGCGAGGAGGGCGGAGGAGAGGACGACCAGGAGUGUGACCUGAGCCAGCUCCACCUGGGUCUGGACCACAGGCCUGGUGUCUACAGGGACGACGUGGCCCCCACCCUCACCGCUGCCGCCCCCAUGUAUCGCCCCCGCCCCACCAACCCCGACGACAUCGGCAACUUCAUCUCUGGUAACCUGCAGGCUGCCGACAGCGACCCAACAGCGCCCCCCUUUGACUGUCUGCUGGUGUUUGACUACGAGGGGGCGGAGUCGGCCUGCGGCUCUCUCAGCAGCCUGCAGUCCAGCAGCUCGGACCGAGACCAGGACUACCAGCACCUGCACGAGUGGGGCUCGGACCGGGACCAGGACUACCAGCACCUGCAGGAGUGGGGCCCAUGCUUCAGGAGGCUCGCGGACAUGUACGGAGGGGGAGAGGACGAUGAGCUGUGAAGACAUCACUAAGCCUGACGGGGGGUGGGGGGUCAUGUUGUGUUUCUGUGUCCUGGGAAAUGCUUUACUCUCUUGUUACAUUCACAUAGCCUUGCUAUAAACACCAUUGUGAUGUUGAAAUACGCUGUCUGCGUAGUGACGUAAGCACCCACUAGUGGACAAGGAGAACAGUUCCGCCUGAUGUAUGAAGCAGAUGCAUGCAAGUGAUGUCCGUCAGUAAAGCAUCCAAAUCAA